GCAUACACACAAUAACACUUGCGAUAAUAAGAAGCAAAGUCUCUUCAAUACGUUGGAAACUGCGUUCUUAGCUUCUACGCCUGAUAUUAUUUUGAAAGAUAUUUGUGAUUGUUGAUGAUAAUUGAUCAUGUCUUGGUUGGAGAUUAUUGGAUUUAUUACGGUUAUUUAUUACAUUGUUUACUUCGUUCUUCCAUGGUUUAUUGAUUGUGAUAUUCAAUUAUAUUUCAAGUCCAAGUUUGGUCAACCAAUAGAAGUGUUGAAGGGUCAAAUAAUCUGGAUAACCGGAGCCUCUAGUGGCAUUGGAGAGAGUUUAGCCUAUGAGUUGGCGAAAAUUGAUUGCAAAUUAGUAUUAUCAGCGCGACGAGAGGAAGAAUUGAAACGAGUGAAAGAGAAUUGCUUGAAAUUUAAUUCCAACUUGAAGGAUGCUGAUAUUCACGUUCUACCACUGGAUCUAUGUAAUCUACAAAGUCAUGAAAAAGCUUUGAACUCUGUUAUUGAAAAGUUUGGAAAGCUAGAUAUUUUGGUAAACAAUGCUGGUCGUUCACAAAGAGCUAAUUGGGAGAAAAUUGAUGUCAAAGUUGAUAAAGAAUUAUUUGAAGUCAAUGUCUUCUCUCUGAUAGCUUUAUCUCGAUUGGUUUAUCGUCAUUUCGUGGCUAAUAACAAUAAAAAAGGGUAUAUAGUUGUUAACUCUAGUCUUGCAGGAUUAUUUGGAGUUCCUUUUUCUGGAUCUUACACUGGAUCGAAACACGCUUUACAUGGAUACUUUGAGAGUUUGCGUUUGGAAAAAUUGGGCGUUGCUGAAGUUGAUCUUACGCUAAUUUGCCCUGGAGCUGUUGCAACUCCAAUUCUAACAGAAAGCUUCACUGAAGAAGUAGGAAAGAAAUUUGGAGAACCAGCUGAAAUGCAGGCAAAGAAUAAAUUACAGGCAGAACGUUGUGCUUAUUUGAUGGCUGUAGCAAUGGCUAAUCGCGUAAAAGAAUGUUGGAUUGCUCAUUCUGUGUCUUUACAGUUGACAUACUUGGCUCGAUACUACCCCAACUUGGCUCAUAUUAUUGUCAUGUAUUUGGGCCAAACAUUCUUCCAACGACUUCGAGAUAACAGGGAAACUGUUAAGACUGAAAAUAAAUGAAUAAAAUUAUUGUGAUGUUGUUUUUGUCCUUAAAAG